CUCAGCCGGCACCGAAGGGCAGGCGCACGGACACCGCGCCAGGCACCGCAGCGCACCGUCCCGCGCGGGGCACAGCGGAGCUGCAAUCCCACGCGUCGCCCAGGACCCGCUUCGCGCUUGCCUCCGCCGCCGCCGCCGCAGCAGCACCCAUGGGGACCCGGAGACUUUAAAGGAGUUUGGGGUUUCGGGAGCUGGGAAAUCACCGAUCCCCGCUCCUGGCCCUCGCCCCGUCGCGUCAUUGAUGGGCAACCAACUGGACCGCAUCACCCACCUCAACUACAGCGAGUUGCCCACCGGGGACCCAUCAGGGAUCGAGAAGGACGAGCUGCGGGUCGGGGUCGCCUACUUCUUCUCGGAUGAGGAGGAGGACCUGGACGAGCGUGGCCAGCCGGACAAGUUUGGUGUGAAGGCCCCUCCGGGCUGCCCCUCGGGCCCCGAGAGCCCCAGCCGCCACCACCACCACCUGCUGCGCCAGCUGGUCCUCAACGAGCCUCAGUGCUCUGCCUUCCGAGGCCAGGAAUGCAUCUUUUCCAAAGGGAGCGGCGGCCCGCAGGGCGCCGACCUGAGCGUCUACCCUGUCUCCGCGUUGCCGGCGCUCUGCGAACCCGGCGACCUGCUGGAGCUGCUGUGGCUGCAGCCGGCGCCCGAGCCGCCCGCGCCCGCCCCGCACUGGGCCGUCUACGUGGGCGGCGGGCAGAUCAUCCACCUGCACCAGGGCGCCAUCCGCCAGGACAGCCUGUACGAGGCGGGCGCGGCCAACGUGGGCCGCGUGGUGAAUAGCUGGUACCGCUACCGCCCGCUGGUGGCCGAGCUGGUGGUGCAGAACGCCUGCGGCCACCUGGGCCUCAAGAGCGAGGAAAUCUGCUGGACGAACUCAGAAAGCUUCGCAGCCUGGUGCCGCUUUGGCAAGAGGGAGUUCAAGGCCGGAGGGGAGGUGCCGGCCGGCACGCAACCCCCGCAGCUGCAGUACUAUCUCAAGGUGCACCUGGGGGAGAACAAGGUGCACACGGCCAGGUUCCACAGCCUUGAAGACCUCAUCCGGGAGAAGCGCUGCAUCGACGCCAGCGGCCGCCUGCGAGUGCUCCAGGAACUCGCUGACCUUGACCUCGUGGACGACAAGGAGUAGCCCCGCUCGCGCGCGGGGGUGGG